UUGGUUGUCUGGGGAACACAGUCACGUCCCCACCUCACCUCCCCGCUUUCACUCUGCGGCUGGGGCCCCUCGCUCCCGGCAGAGCGAUUCCGUCCCUGGUAGGGAGGUAUCUGGGAGGCGGAGAGGCCAGGCGCCAGCCCCUACAGGGGCCUCUUUGGGUCAGACUAGGUUGUCCCCUUUGGGGGUCUCCCUGAUCUGAGAGAGGGCCGAGGCCGGCGGGUGGAGGAGGCCGCCGGACGGGGCUGGAGAGACCCACCUGUAGCGAGGGCCCACCUCUUGCAGGCAAAAAGGGGUUUUCUCCCCCCCUCCCCUGGAGGAGCCGUGGAGGGGUGAGCCGAGUGGGAGCCCUGGAAAGCCAGGCCAACGGGGCUUCUGCUCCAAUCAAUCCAGGGGACAGGCUAUAUUGGUUCCUCAUUUCCGCUCUCCUUUUCUGCUGCCAGCGUAACUUCGGCACGGUCCAGUUCCUGGGCUACAGAGUCCCAUCCCCGCCGUCCAGAUCUUGACACAAAGAAGAUGGCCGGCGGCGUGGAUGGCCCCAUCGGGAUCCCCUUCCCGGACCACAGCAGCGACAUCCUGAGCAGCCUAAACGAGCAGCGUACCCACGGGCUGCUGUGCGACGUGGUGAUCCUGGUGGAGGGUCAGGAAUUCCCCACCCACCGCUCGGUGCUGGCAGCCUGCAGCCAGUACUUCAAGAAACUUUUCACCUCCGGAGCGGUGGUAGACCAGCAGAACGUGUACGAGAUUGACUUUGUGAGCGCCGAGGCCCUGACCGCCCUCCUGGACUUCGCUUACACAGCCACUCUGACCGUCAGCACCUCCAACGUGGGUGACAUUCAUAACGCCGCCCGGCUGCUGGAGAUCCAGGCCGUCCGCGACGUGUGCGCCGACCUCCUGGACCACCAGAUUCUGGCCAAGGAUGACCAGAUGGAUGUAGUAGAUCAAAUUGAUCAGCGGAACCAUCUCAGAGCCAAGGAGUAUCUGGAGUUCUUCCAGAGCAACCCCAUCAACAGUCUCCCCUGCAACUUCCCCUGGACCAACCCCGGCUUCCCCGGCACCGAGGAGGAAGACGACGAGGAGGCGGCCGCAGCGGCCGAAGGCGGCGGGGACUGCAACGGCCUGGACUUCUACGCCCACGGCCCCCUGAGCGAGCGACCAAAGGCCAGCGACGGCGACCCGGACAGCAACCAAGGGCUGUGGCUGGACCGCGAGGAGGACGCGGCUUCGGGGACCGGCCUCUUCCCCCCCGCCCAGAACGGACACGACGGCAGCCGGGGGCUGGCCGGGGGGGAGGAGGAGGGCGGCGCCGCCUCCGCCCCGCCGGAGCCCCAGGAGCCCGGCGACUCGCCCGGCUUCCUGUCCGGAGCCGCCGACGGGGAGGACGGGGACGGGCCCGAGGUGGACGGGCUGGCAGCCAGCGCCCUGCUCCAGCAGAUGAUCAGCUCGGUGGGGCGGCAGGUGGGAGGCGGCGGAGGCAGCGAGGAGGAUCAGCGCAAGGAGGACGAAGGGGUCAUGGAUUAUUACUUGAAAUACUUCAGCAGUUCUCACGAGGGCGACGUCUAUCCGUCCUGGUCGCAGAAGGCGGAGAAGAAGAUCCGGGCCAAAGCAUUCCAGAAAUGCCCCAUCUGCGAGAAGGUGAUCCAGGGGGCGGGCAAGCUGCCCCGGCACAUCCGUACCCACACGGGGGAGAAACCUUACGAGUGUAACAUCUGCAAAGUCAGAUUCACCAGGCAAGACAAGCUGAAGGUGCACAUGAGAAAACACACCGGGGAGAAGCCGUACCUCUGCCAGCAAUGCGGUGCGGCCUUUGCCCACAACUACGACUUGAAGAAUCACAUGCGUGUGCACACUGGGCUGCGGCCCUACCAAUGUGACAGCUGCUUCAAAACUUUCGUCCGCUCCGACCAUUUGCACAGGCACCUUAAGAAGGACGGCUGCAAUGGCAUCCCCUCCCGGCGGGGCCGCAAGCCCCGGGUACGCGACGCCAGCGGCUUGCCCGGCCCCGUCGCCCCGCCUCCGGGGGGUGGAAGCAGCUCUCCCGUCCAGGACAGCCAGAGGAAUGGCCAAGAGAAGCACUUUGAGGAGGAAGAUGAGAGCUCCGGCCAAGAGGCUCUGGGAAGAAUGAAUGUAGCGGGAGGGUCAUCUGACGGUAACUUAACAGUGGGACUCUCCUAAAACCAAAAAAAAAAAAAAGAUAAGAAAGUAAAAAAGAAAAAGAAAUUCUAUAUAUAUACAGAUAUAUAUAUAUAUAUAUAUAUAUGAGACGUCACAAAAUCUAGUUAGUACUUUCCUCAGAUUUUUCUGUUUAACGAUGUUUCCCCCCCCCUUUUUUUUUUAGAAGAAAAUAUUCUUAUCGAUGUGUUUCUCCAGCUCCCCUCCUCCUGCCCGCCUUCCUGCCAAAGCCCCAGGGCCUUCAUUCCCCCUCUAACCUGGCGACCUGUUCCGAGGGAAGAGGGAGCAAGGCCAGGGCCGUAGGGAGUGGCCGUCACCGUAGUAAUGCAGACUAGACCAGUGUUUUGGGCGGGAGGUAGGUGGUGGGAGCUGGGCCCACUUGGGCAAGGCUGAGGCGGGUUGGAUUGUGUUUUGUUGGUUUAUUAUUAUUUUUUUCUUUUUGUUUUUGUUUUUUUCCUUGUUUUGUUCUUAUUUUUCUUUUCCAAAGUAAUCUCCCCACUGGGGAGGAACGGGACUAUGUGUGGGGAGGGAAGGCGGGGCAGGGGAGGGACAGAGGGGCCUCUCCCGGCCUCCCUGUCCCCCGAGUGAGGAGCCUGUCCUGUGGCCCAGCGGACCCUCCCGGUCUCGGGGCCUCCAUGUUGGCAAUUCCAGGGCUCUCUCCUCCUCUGCAGUAGUCCCUUGUCUUUCAGACAAGACCUUAAAAGCUGGAUUUCUGUCCACCCUCACCUGGUGGACUUUAAACUGCGCCCCCUUCCCCCCCCAGCUCCUUGAUCUCCACCUCCCCUUUCCUCAGGGCACUUAAUAGGGGGUUUCCCCACCCCCUCCCCUUCCCACGAUGAUUCCCUUGGCUCCCUCAAACCCCCUCCCCCGUUCCCACCAAAUAGGGAACAGCUUCAGGCCCUCCUCAGAGAGUCCUGGUUUGUUCCCAGGCUUAGACCCGGGCCCAUCGCUCAUGGCCACUAAAACACAGAUAUUUACUUUCUUGGCUAGAGAGGAGGGGACCCAAUUAGCACUCACCAUAGCCCUCUUUGCAGCUUGCUGCACUUAAUAGCCCCCGUGCCGCCCCCCUCUUCGGGCAAGUAGCAUUAGGGACGCUCUCGCGGCCUCGGCCUCCGAUCAGCCGGUUCUACGAUCAGCCGGUUCUACCGGUAGUGUCUUUCCCCCCUCCUCUCCCUCCCCACCCCCCAAAAAAAUCUGGUCUUGGCGACCCUCUGGGGAGGGAGUAGAGAGGCUCUGUCCAUCUGUCUCCGUCUCCCCCCCGCCCCACACCCACCCAGUGGGAGACAUUGAGAGAUGAAAGCCCUUUUCUUGAAAGCACUUUUAGAUUUCUUGUGAAAAUUCCUGAAGAGGGAACAGUCGGUCAGCGAGGGGGUGAAUGUAACUAGGGAUCGAGCAGGGGGAGACAGGGUCCGGGCAAGCGGGAGUGGGGCAGGGAGGAGAGAGUUGAGAUGUUCAAUGCAGCAAAAGCAAUAAAAAAAAAAAAAAUACAAAAACGAAAGAAAAAAAAUUUUUGAAGUCUUAGCACUUUGUAAUGGAACGGGUACUACACUUUAUCUUAAUUCUUAAUUUAAAACAUGUUUACAAGUUGCAACCAACUUCUAUGAAAAAUGAAAAAGACAAAAAACAGAUUGUUAAAUGAAUUCCUAAAAUUGAUUUAUUUUUGUAAAAAAUAAGAAAACCCCACAAAAGCAGAAUUCACUUCUAUUUCCCGAAGUAAUAAACGAGGAACUGUGCUAAUUAGGUUCUGUGACGGGACCUAGAACCCUCAGAAGUGUUUACACUUCGCACCGGAAGCUUGAAUUUUAGGCAGGAAAUAUGGAUUUUUGUGUUUUUAUUUUUCCUCCCUUUGGGGGAUUCUUUUAGUAUUUUAAACAUCUUAUUGCCAGUGCUAGCCGUAGAUUUAUCUCCUGUCUCUUUCCCUUCCUUCCCCCUGGGCCAAGAAGCAGGGGAAAGGGCCGUGGGGUGGAAGGAAGUGGAAAGCCCAGGAGAAAUGGGAUCUUGUCCAUGUAUUUUAUAGCCAGCCGGAUCCCUCCAACUUGCCCCCGCGUCCCCCAGCUUGGUCUGCCGUUGUCCCCUCGCCAGCCACAGCUUUUGCCCCUGAGUCACUCUCAUCACCUGGGCCCCCUUUCCUUUCCCCUCGGACUUCGUUUUGGCCUCCUUCCAAUGCGGAAGGAUCCAUUUCGGCCGUUUUGGACCAAGCCAAGGUGAACGGCAGUGACCCCACUGGUUCCCCCCUUCUUAUCCCAAAUCCGAAGUGGGAUCUUGAGUCGGGGGCAGCGGGGCAGGGAGACAGGGAAUAUCACAGCUCUGGGACACACAUGCACACGCACCCCUCCAGUCCCCCAACACACACACACACCCCCUACGAGCUCCCCAAUACCUACUCCAAGGCUUUAAAUCCAUCAGGGGUAUUUACUGAGUGCUUACUGUGGGCAGAGCACUGUACUAAGCACUCGGGGGCGUUCAGUGAGUCGGUAGCCACUGCCGCGGCGAUCCGCAGCCCGCAGAGAGCUAACAGUCUCGGGCCCUGCUGAUGGUCCCGGAGAGGCCCAGCCCUGGUUGAGCCUCAGGUUGCGUUUGCGAACGGAAGACUAAAAAAGUCAGAAAGGAGGACUUUCUAGAAAUCCAAAACACGGAGGGCUCGCCAACCUCAGGACAAAGUUGAAGGAGGCGAAGGAGAGAAACGAAGCUCUUCCGUCGUCCCCCGUCAUCCCAUUCUGUUCCCUGUCUCACCUCCCCAUCCCAGUUAGCGCUCGAUAUUCCUGGCAGCAAAAAAGAGUCCAGAAAUUCCGUAUCCUCCCCCUGAAGGUUCAUCCUCCUUCACCUUCCAACCCUAGAUAGGAAACAGGGGCAGAUGAUGGGAGAGGGGAUGGGGAAUGGAUCCUCCGUGUCCCAAGUCCUGCCCCUGCUUAGCACUGGCUCAAUCUUGCAUAUGCAAACCUAGCAAGGACUUGUAAAUAGUACGUGAGGUUCUUUAUUGUAAUCAGCAGUGGCAGUAUCUGUUUUCCGGCUUCAGUUCCCUAAUUCCCCAGCUCUCACCUGUUUGAUUUGAACUUUUUCACCCCAGAGACUUCUGUGAUUUUAAAAAGGGAAAUAAAAAAAAAAAAAAAACCCAACACAAACAACAAAAAAAAAAGGCCUUCCCGUCACUCCAAAUCGUCUCAGGAUUUCUCUUUGGGUGGAGGGGCAGGGGAGAUGGGGGGAGAGGGGUGGAGACAGUGCUCUCAAGCCCUUAGGCCUCUAUCUGCAGAUGGCUCCAUCCACAGACCCUCCUUCCCAACACAGGCUGUCCUAUUUCACACCUGAAAAUCACAGGACCGGUUAUUUUGGAGCUGCCAUCUGUUCCAAGGAACGGAGGAGGGGGAUGGGAGCAGGGAUGGUGCAGAUGCGUGACCAAGGGAGGGGGUUUUCCCGUUCGGUCCGAGCUUGAGUCGGGAGCUAAGGAGAAGCUUCCAAGGGGAGCAGGGGGAGGCUUUUCUCCCAAGAGCUCCAAGGGGUUCCGUGUGAUAACUGCAUUUGUGAGGUCUUUCCCCGGCCUUCCCCCUCUCCUCCCUAAGGUCUUGCCUUGUUUCUGGAAGAGGAGGGCUGGCGAGGAAGGGUAUCUGGUCAACUGAAUUUAGGGAACAACAAUGCCCCCUCUUCCCUCCCCCGCCCCACCUACUUUGUUUAUGAUGAAAACGCUUUUGCCUUCCGUAGAACUUUGGGGAACAAACUAGGCACUCAGAGCGGACAGAUUCGUGUAGAACAAUGCAGGCAACACUUUAGCACAAGCACCUCUUAUCUCCACAUACAUUCUGCCUUAACCUUUUGACCUGUUUUCCUUUUGUAACAAGCGAUGUUAAGUAGUUGCAUGGAAGAGAGAAAGAAAUGCCCCAAUCAUAUACUGUAUAUAAACAUUGAUUUUUUUAAGAAAUUAAGGUUGUGAUAAAGUGUUGCCAAAGAUACCGAUGAAGUAAUGUGUUUCGGGGGAUAAGGAAAGGAGAGAAAUGGCAACUUGUUUUUUUAAAAAAAAGAAAAAAAACAGCAAAGUUUU